AUGGAAGAGGUUAGUUUUCGUAAAACAGAAAUUUGAACUGAAUAACUUCGAUUUUUAGGCACAAAGAAGAGAAGAGGAAUUGAAGCAAAAGAAAAUAAUCAAAAUGGAGACAUUGAAAAAAUCAAGCAAGGUACAAAUUUUCAGUAAAAACUAUGCUUGAAACAAAUAUGGAUGUUUUUACAGAAUCUGCAUAAAGUGGAUGAGCAAUGUUUUUCUGACACAUCUAGCGAAGUCGAGUUUGAUGAAGAUGAUCAUAAAAUAAUGCCGAUUCCAGAAAAGUGGUGUUGUGUUGAAACGAAAAAGAUCAAUGUUGUUGCAAAAAAUUUUGAUUCUACAAAUUACCCAGCUUCCAAAAAUUGA